UUGCCAUGGAGCCGAUUGAGUCUCUGGAAGCAGCAAAGCCACUGCUUCAAAAAGAUUUGCCGCCGAGGAGUCGAGCUAGGGAUGUUCAUAUAUUGACCAUGGCUUUCCUAUUGAUAUUUCUGGCUUUUGGAGCUGCUCAGAAUUUGCAGAGUACCUUAAAUUCGGAGCAAAAUUUGGGUUCUACUUCGCUGGGGAUACUGUACCUCUCCCUCACCCUUUUCUCUGUAGUAGCUUCUCCUGUGGUCCGGAUUUUGGGCUCCAAGAAUUCCCUGGUUCUCGGAACUACUGGUUAUUUGCUCUUCAUAGCUGCUAAUUUGAAACCAUCCUGGUAUACCAUGGUGCCAGCUUCUUUUUAUAUGGGAUUUGCUGCUUCAAUAACUUGGAUUGGACAGGCAACAUAUCUCACCAAAGCGGCAUGGCAGCAUGCAGAAGACAACCAUUUACAUGAUGGAACGGUCAUUGGUAAGUUUAAUGGAGAAUUUUGGGGAAUGUUCGCCAGUCAUCAGUUCAUUGGGAAUCUGUUAUCUCUAGCUUUGUUGACAAAUGGAGAGGGAGGAAGCACCAGUGGAACGACAUUAUUAUUCAUUGUCUUUCUUGGAAGCAUAACCCUGGGUACCAUACUGAUGUGCUUUUUACAAAAAAUGGAUGGUCAAGGGGAGGAAGGGCCACCAAAAUCAUCAGUCAGUUUCUAUUCUUCAAUGCCAUCUCUCUUCAAGCUGGUCAUCACUCCCUUGCUUGAUGGGCGGAUGCUGUUGAUCAUCCCUCUUAUCGCAUAUUCAGGCUUGCAGCAAGCAUUUGUAUGGGCUGAAUUUACCAAGUAUGUUGUAACACCAGCGCUUGGUGUCUCGGGCAUAGGUGGUGCAAUGGCAGUUUAUGGGGCUUUUGAUGUAGCAAGUUCAUUGACUGCUGGGCGAUUUACAUCUGGUCUCCCAUCAAUUACCUUUAUCGUUGCUGGUGGAGCUUUUAUUCAGGUCAUUGUACUGCUAUGGCUUUUGCUGAAAUACAGGUUAACCAGUGGGGUACUUGGCUUUGUGUACCCACUUCUUAUGUCAGCCAUGUUGGGAAUCGGUAAUGGGAUAUUCAACACACAGCUGAACGCGCUGCUUGGAAUGUUAUUCAGACAUGACAUGGAGGGGGCAUUUGCCCAACUGAAGGUCUGGCAGAGUGCAACCGUAGCAGUUGUGUUCUUUCUGAGCCCAUACAUAACAUUUCUGUCAAUGUUGGUGCUGAUGCUUGCUGCUCUCUGUCUCUCAGUUGCUGGGUUUCUAUUUCUGACGCUGCAGGUGGAAAAGGCUUUUACUUCUACUGAAUCUUGAUAUUGGCAAUGAAAAUAGCUAUGAUUUUUCUGCGUCUCGUGGCUUGGAUACUGUCACUGUUCAGUUGCAUGAAUAAUCUCCUAUAUACAGUACUGGUCUAUGCAGAAGGCGUCUGUUGUCCAGCUUCUCUGUGAUGGAUUGAAAUGCUUGAAAAUGAUCUUCAUUUUGAAGAUAGAUCAAUGGUAAAAUAAGUGGUUUUCAAGCUCUAUUGCAAAUCUCAUCUUUGAGCCAUCAGCACCUUUUGUGGGAUUGGGGUUCGUUCAUUCAUUGUAACCUUAUUUUUAUAU